UGCUGCUGCUGCCGCCGCCGCUCCUGGGGUUGCCUCUUGCACUUGUAGCAGCGUCGCCCGCCGCUCGACCUGAGCUAGUUAUUGCGCGGGUGAGCCCGCGCGCGCCUUUUCUCCCCGCGGCUCGGCGGCUGCAGUGCUCGGCCAAAGACUAGCGCGGCUCCCCCCCCCCGCACUUCAGCCCGGUGCUCCUGGCAAAAAGUGGUGGACGUGGGGAGAGGGGGGGGGGACGUUUGCCCGAAAUGGCUGCUUCCCUCCUCGGCUGGGGAGCAGUAGGCACCGCCACCCCUCUGGGGACAGCAGCAGGAGGCAAGUCAAUGCGGCAGCCUCCUCAGUGAGGGAGCAGCAGCGCCGCGGCUGGAGGAGCGACCGACCGACCCCGCGCGUCCCGUUGCCGACUCCAGCUCGGCGGGCGAAGGUGCGAGCUGGGAAGCUGACGCACCCCCCCACACACACACUCUUCCCCCCCCCCUCCGCAACCCCGGAUGCCCGCUGCUGCCGCCGCCGCGCCUGAAGCAUGGGAGCGCUCACCAGCCGGCAGAACGCCGGAGUGGAAGAGGUGGAUAUCCCGUCCAAUUCCCUCUACAGAUAUCCCCCGAAAUCCGGAAGCUACUUUGCCAGUCACUUCAUCAUGGGAGGUGAGAAGUUUGACUCUACACAUCCUGAAGGCUAUCUCUUUGGGGAGAACAGUGACCUCAACUUUCUUGGGAACAGACCUGUACCAUUUCCAUAUGCAGCACCUCCUCCCCAGGAGCCAGUGAAAACUUUGAGGAGCCUGAUCAACAUCCGCAAAGACACACUGCGUUUAGUCAAAUGCACAGAAGAAGUGAAGACUCCAGGUGAAGAAGUCAGCAAAGCGAAAGUUCAGUACAACGUGGAGUUCACAUUUGAUACAGAUGCACGGGUGGCCAUAACCAUUUAUUAUCAAGCCACUGAAGAAUUUCAGAAUGGAGUGGUGAGUUAUAUCCCCAAGGAGAGCAGUUUACACUCCGAGACUGUCCAUUAUAAGCGAGGUGUAUGCCAGCAAUUCUGUUUGCCUUCCCAUUGUAUUGAUCCCUCAGAAUGGGCUGAAGAAGAGCUGAGCUUUGAUCUGGACCGUGAAAUUUAUCCCAUGGUGGUUCUUGCAGUGGUAGAUGAGGGAGAUGAGCAUAUGGGUCACUGCCAUGUAUUGCUGGCAACUUUUGAGAAGCAUGCAGAUGGCGGCUUUUGUGUGAAACCCCUCAAACAAAAGCAAGUGGUGGAUGGAGUGAGCUAUCUCCUUCAGGAAAUUUAUGGGAUAGAAAACAAAUAUAACACACAGGAUUCAAAGGUGGCAGAGGAUGAGGUGAGUGACAAUAGUGCAGAGUGUGUAGUCUGCCUCUCCGACGUCCGAGACACCUUGAUCUUACCUUGCCGCCAUCUCUGUCUCUGCAACACUUGUGCUGACACCUUGCGCUAUCAAGCUAACAAUUGUCCCAUCUGCAGAUUACCAUUUCGGGCCUUGCUACAGAUCAGAGCCAUGAGGAAAAAAAUGGGACCCCUCUCCCCUACCAACUUCAACCCCAUCAUUGCAUCCCAGACAUCAGAUUCAGAGGAACAUUCAUCUUCAGAAAACAUCCCUCCUGGCUAUGAGGUGGUCUCCUUGCUGGAAGCCCUUAAUGGGCCUCUCACUCCAUCCCCAGCAGCCCUUCCAGUCCGUGUGCUUGGGGACAACCAUGUGUCAGGCAUGCUACCCACAUAUGGCAGUGACAGCCACUUGCCUCCCAUCCGGACAUUGCCUUCCCUUGAACGCUUAUCAGAUUGUGGCAGUCAAGGACAUAAAUUAAAGAAGAGCCUCUCCAAGUCAAUCUCACAGAAUUCCUCAGUAUUACAUGAAGAAGAGGAUAAGGCUUGUAGUGAAUCUGAAGUCAGGAUUUCCCAAAGAAAGUCUCCCUGUCCUCAUGGAGAGGAUUGUGGUGUGACACCUGAAAGUGAAAAUAUCACCCUGUCCUCCUCAGGAGCAAUAGAUCCAUCUUCAUGCACAGGAACACCUCUUUCUUCUACUAUUUCUUCUCCAGAAGAUCCUGUUAGUAGCAGUCUGGCUCAGUCAGUCAUGUCUAUGGCCUCCUCCCAAAGUCAGCACUCCGAAAUCAGCACAGAUACCAUGUCUUCCAUGUCAGGUUCCUAUGUAGCCCCCGGCACUGAAGAAGAUGGAGACAUGGCUGCAUCCCCUGCUGUUGUCAGUGAGGUACCUUCAGAAGGAGAUUCAACCCCAGUUGAGUCUCCCGAUGGAAAUUUUGUCAGUAUCUCAGCAGAGGAACGAGAUGCGGAGGGGAAUGAUGUCAUGGAAGAAGAGGAUGCCUCUCCCACACAGGAAGAUGGCCAAAGGACAGGCGCAUACCUAGGUAUGGAGUGUGACAAUAACAAUGACAUUGGCAACGCAAGCGUGAAAGUUCUGGACAAUAAGGUGUGCUCUGAGGCCCGCUUACCUGAUCAUAGAGAUAAAGCUGCAGCUCCGGAAUCCUGUCCCAUAAACAUUGAGGAAUAGAUCUUCCAACAUCAGCUGACAACUCUCCGAACCUCGCCAAAUGCUGAGACACCCCUUCUCUGAUAAUGCUGAUCUGGAGUUUGCUGAAGAUUUGCAGUGUAUGUCUGUGUCUUCGAUACCACAAAGAAAAAAUAAUGAUAUUAAACACUCUUCACAAUAACAUAAAGAAGAGCAGCAAAACCAUGGGUACAAACUUCAUCAAGUACUGCAGAUCAUAUGACACCUAUUUUAAAUAGAUACAUAAUACUAAGCAUUCAAAAAAAAUCACUAACUCAAUGGUUUGUGAUGGAGGUUUGUGUCAAAAUGAACUUGCGGAGAGGGUGGAUGAAUGAGCUUGAAUGAGCUUGAGGCGGAUUUGAUGAUUGGUACCUUCAUAAAUUUUCUCUCCCCCUCCCCUAUUUUUAUCUUACCAACUCAACCUGCUUUGUAAUCUUCAUUUCUUUUUAUGCUCUUAAUCUUAACACUUGUUUGGGGAUUGUCAUAACACUGGGUUCCUUCUGCUAGCUAUGAAUUAAUGCCAGGUUAUUUGUUAAGUUCUUAGCAUGUACAUACUGAAUGUGUGAUUGUGAAAACAUAAUGUAUGCGGAAACAAAUUCACACCUCCAAACCUAUGCAUUGGAAGAGCACUGUGUCUUCACCCGGAAUGAUAAAAUGCAUUUGAUAUCACCUAAUGACUGCUGACUUGAGAAGAAACGUAAUGAUCUGCCUUUUUAUCUAUUCCAGUUUCAUCCUGUAGCCUUUUAGUUACCGUUCAAACAUGCUCAGUUAGCUGUUCUGAGCCACAUCUAAGGGGUUAAUGCCAAAGAUCUAAUAUCAGAUUAUUCAAGAUCUGGGCUAAAUUGUGGGAUGUAACACAGACAGGCAAUGUUGUUUCAGAGGGAUUAACAUGUCUAGUACCAACAGUACUUUGGUAAAGAAAUAAGUGGUGUCCAGCAGUUCUCUCCAAGUGGACAGAUAAGUAGUGUAGCUAGCUGUAAUUGAAACUUUUCAACAGAGAGAUUUCUGUGUGAAAAUUCACACAGAUGUCCCACCCCUGGAGCAAAAGGAAAUGAAUUAACUGUAUGUGAAAGUGUGGCUGGGGAAAACAAAAAGAACUGGCAUCAAAUAGCAAUUUGCUAUUUGGGAUAUAUUAAACGCAUUAUUUGUAUGGUGAUGUCACUUGAAUUACACGCAUGUUGUUGAAGUCUGUUUAUAUGGGUAAAAACCCUUUAAAGGUGUCUUUCAUUACGCAUUUGUUAAUUAUGUUAACAUAUUUCCUUUGGUGACAAGUAUAUGAAAAUCAUACCAAAGCAGCAAUGUGAUUUCUUUUACACUGAAAAACAAUUAUUUGCUUGUUCAUGUAACGAUCGUGCUGCAAUUCACUUUCCUCCCUCCCCAACAUAUUACUAGCAAUCAGAUGAAUCUCCAGUAUCUUGGGGCCGACUGUUUUUGAAUAUAUGCAUUAAAACUAAUGGAAGUUUUACAGUUUUUGAGAUAUGAUCUCUACUGGACUACUGAUGGCAUUCAGUGGACUGGACUACUAUGGACAUAAAUGGCAUUCAAGCAAUUUUUGAAGACACGGCGGGAGCAAAACUACUAACUGUAGAUGUUUAGGGUUUCCCCCCCGCCUUUUAAAGCUGCUUUAUCAUUGCCAUUCUAUUGGAGAUUAACCAUAAAAUAACCAUAAAGUCCUACAGCUGGACAAUCCAGUUCCAUUAAUAAUUCAAUGAGAAGGAUUCAUUUACAAUUUCCAUAGGAGUAAUGGUGGUGGACUGCUUCAUUUUACCUUGAAUCCUUGCUUCUUAGGUCUUUGUUAAUAAGCUAUAGUAACUGACAAUUCUUCACAGAGACGUAGAGUUAUUUUCCAGGAGAGACUUUCUGGAUGAUGAUCUUGUGUAGCCUCCAAGGGAAGAAGUCAAAGUACACCUCGUCCCAUUCUGCAUCACUCCUCACCCCCUUUUCAAGGUUAAAAAUGUAAAUCUGCUCAGGUACUAUCAUACCUUACUUUGCGUAGUCACGUAAGAACAAAUGUGUGCAUUGCUACAUAGGCAGCAUUUCCACUGCAUCCUUGGAUGACUUAAUGAAAAAUACCUAUCGAGUUUAAAUACAUAUUAACUAAACAAUAAAAAAGGGAAAAAAUGGUAAAAAUAAACAAAAAGCAAAAUUACUCUGCUCUUAUUUUGACCAAAUCUUCUCUAACAAGGAGAUGUUACAAAAGCAAUUGGGAAGAACAGAAUAAAGUGACAGGAUUGAGGUUUGAGAGCAAAAGAAACGUGGUCAGGAAGUACCUGUUUAUUUUUGAAUAAGAAAAUUAAUUCAAUAUCAAUUGGAUUUUAUCCUUGGAUAAAAAAGGAACUGGUUGACAGUGCUGCAUGAUAUUUGAAAAAUGUUGGAGAUCAGGUAAUGUGCAAUGCAGAAGAGAAUAAAUGUUUCCCUCUUCAAAAAGGGAAGGAGGAGGAUCCAGAGGAACUAGAGGUCAGUCUAAUAUCAGUAUCUGAGAAGAUUCUACAACAGAUUGUAAAAUGGCUGAUCUAGUAAUUACCUUGUUUUUAAAAUGCUUACAGAAGCCAGCUUGGAUUUGUCAAGAAGUCUAACCUAGCAACCUAGUUACAGGAUGAAAUGCCACAGAUGAAAUUUCACUAUUCUUUAGUUCAGCAAAGAAUUUGGAAAAAAAUACCCCAUGACAUUCUGAUUAGCCAACUUGUGGAUAUAAUUGUAUAAUAAUUAAACAGUUGAUUUUAAAAUUAUAUUUAAGAAUAUCCAUUGAUAAUUCCACAUCAAAUCAAGUGAACUUUUGUAAAUGACUGGAAUGAGAAGUGGAAAUUUGAUUAGAAUUCUUUAUUAGCCAAGUAUGAUUGGACACAGGACGCUUCUCAGAUUUACUGACAACACCUUCAAAGAAAUAAGGCUUAGAACAAUCUUGACAGGUUAUAGAAAUGGAUAAAAAAUAACAGAUAAUAAUAAUAAAAAUAAUAAUGGAUCAAAAUAAUAGAAUGAAAUUUAAUAUAUGUGCAAAGUUGUAUAGGAAUCAAAUGAGUUGUACAGGUAUAGAAUGAAUAUCUAACUGGAUAGAAAGAUUCUGAUAUACGGUAGUUGCCACAAAUUUUAAUCAGCAGGUGGCGUUGCUACAAAAAUGGCAAAUUAAAAUUUGGAUUUUAUGUUAAGUAUAAAUAUCAAAUUGCAGGAAGUAAUUGUUCCAUUUUAUUAUAGUGAGAUCUUAUCUUGACUAUCAAUCCCAGUUCUCGAUACCAAACAUUAAAAAUGAUUAAAAUAAAAUGCAAUAAGUCCAGAGAAAGCAAUGAGAAUGUUGGGGAAGCUGGAAAUGAAGAUUUGUGAAAAGAGGGACCGAGAAUGAUUGACCUUGAGAACAGAAAACUAGGAGGAAAAGAGCAUCUUCAAAGGCCUGAAAGGAUGACCCAGAGAAGAAGAUCAAGUUCUGUUCUUUAUCCUUUUAGAACACAGGACAUGUAAUUAUGAACUUAAGGGAGGGUUCAAUUGAAUGUUAGGAAAAGCUUGAAAGAAAUGGUGGGUUCCCCUUUAGUGCAUGUGUAAAGUGAAUGCCAGACAUCUGUUAAGAAUCUCUUCACUCAGCAGGAGGUUGGAUUUGAUGGACUAAAUGGCCCCGCCUAGUUCUUUGACUUCAUGAGCCAUAUUAAUAGUAUUUUGAAAGUCCGAUAACAGCAGUAACAAACUAGCAUAAAACCUUGGAUAAUUAUGCUCAGCUUGAACAAGCUUGAGGGGCAUUCAGAACUGUGCCCCAUGAAAUGACUAAGUGGAUCUGGAGUCUUCAUAUGGUUUGGUGCAGCUGGUGAACACCCAUAAAAGUAUUUUGUCCUAUGAGCAUGACUUUGUCCAACUGUUCUCAUUCUUCAUUUAGAGAAUUGGGCAAAAAUGCAUUUCCUUGAGCUUAACUCACCUAUUAUGUAGUAUGCCUGUAAAAUAUUCAUAUAUUGAGACAAUGCUUGCAAUUAGGACAAAUGUUAAAAGGGAUCAUGGGGGUUGGUUUAGGCGAUGUGUAUAUACUUUAUUCUGUUCUCACCAAUACUCUUGAAAUGUGUGUGGUCCUAAUGUUCCAGGCAUCUCUCUAUAAAAACUGUAAUAAUGGUAAUCGAAUGGCGGGGGGGAAAAUGGCCGAGCAAGGCCAUUCUAAAAUGUAGCUUUCUCUUGUAGCCUUUUUCUCUCAGGGAUGAAGGCCAUGUUUCAUGCACCCCUCCUAGCCAGUUUUUGUUUUUGUGAAAACGGAAAUUGCCAGAUGCAGAAAUGGGGUCCAUCUGAAAUACAUUAAUGAGCAAAGAGUGGGAGCAGAUAAGCAAGUGGAACCUCACUCAGGACUGCAGUUAUAUUUUGACUCUGUGCAAUGAAGGAUGAAGCCCUCUGGAUACACUUGU